AUGUCCCGAACAUACUUCUUCGCACCCUUUAAACCCUUCACCCUCGCCCUACCCGCCUCCACACCCGCCUCCCCCCUGUCACCCCUCGACCCCAUCCCUUACAUCCCAACCUACGAGCGAGUCAAUAAAGGCACCAAGUUCGACGUGCGCGCCACAUACCCCCAAAACCACAUGCUCUCGCGCCCAGUCGAAAAGACCUUCGUCCCGCCAAAUGUCCUGGGUCAGCGGCAUCACUGGUAUCCACAGACGCCGGGCGAGGACAAGCUGGAGCCUCCGGUAUUCACGCCAGAGCCAGCCGUGCCGAUGUGCGCGUGCUGCACGCCUGAAGAGUCCAAAGCAUUACUGGGACAGUGCGUGGAGAGGGUCAGGGGGCUGGUAGAGGUGCAGGGGGGAGUGUGGAUUUGGGGGGUAAUAUGCCAGGUGGUAGAGAUCUAA